AGAGUUUCUUGAAUUUGGGCCUUAAAGUAAUAGUAAUUGAAAAGCAAGCACCUUUACAAUUUGUUAAAGUUUCAGUAUCAGAAUAGGGCCUUCCAUUCUAUCCUGAAAGAGUGAACAUUUAUUUCACUACUUGCUCUCUUUCUUGCAACUUUGUUUCAAAUUGACAUUCAUUCCCCCCUUGAAAGAUUCUUCACUGAUUUGUGAAUCCCCCCUUCCCCUUUCCCGUCGACAUGACCAUUGGACUCCUAAUUGAGGACGAGUCCUAAAGUCCUAACCACGGAACAUCGAUCCCCUUGCAACUGUUUUUCAAUUCCUCUCGAUUUCUCCUGGCCAGAUACUACUUUUGCCUGAGCAACCGGUCGUUGCCUUACAAGUUACAUACCUCCUGUGGGAAUCGUUUCAGACUUACACACAAGAAUAGCUUACAAUAGUUCGUAACCUCCUCCCCAAAGCCUUAAAAUCUGGCUUUCAUGGUAUUGAAAGCUUUUGAAAGUAGUUCAUAGUUGCGGUGUGGCGACUACUAUCUUCAAACUAUUCUAGGCCUACAGGAUUUUAAAUCAAAAGAUAGCGUAUUGCCUCCCCGAUAGCUCUUUGGUAUCGGUGCAACUAUGCAGCCUCAUGUUUCAGACCACCGUUAUCCGACCACGGUUGAACAAAGGGAAUAUCAUAGUGGUUCAGCGGAUCCAGUCAACGGUAAAGACAAUAGAGAAACAGAUCAGCCUAGGCUUGUAUCCGAAGAAGAAAGCCUUUUGGUCACAAGUAUGCAGGUCUCCGGGGGUGAUAAGGCUAAGGUAGAGCAAGCAUAUCCAGGUGCAUCCCUAGAAAGGAUACCUACGGAAGAGGAGAACGACAAAGUUUCUUCAAAAUACGUGAAAACACUCUUCCAUUCUUUAAGCUCUCCUGGGCGAGGUGAAGGUAUUAUUUCGGAUUCUCAGGAUGGUCAGUCGUUGGACUUGCCCGAUAAGACGUCUGUUGUGCAAAGAAGAAGAUCCCUACAACGUGAGAAUCAUAACGCACACACACAACGUUGCAGAGAGAAAAUCAACCAGAUGUUUCAGAGACUGAACGAAGCACUUCCUCCGAGAGCUGAUGGAAGUCAUCCAAGAAAGAAAGCAGAAAUAUUGACGAGAGCCCUAGAAAUUGUAAAAGAGUUGCAGGUCGAAAAUAUGUCAUUGAAGAAUACUAUACAGGAGAUGAGUCGAAUCCAACAGGGACAGUUUUCUAGUCAAACAGCUAACGUGAGCUUUCCUGUUCUCGACCAUUUGCCUUUACAAAAAUUUUCUGGUGAAUUUGCAGAUGGAAGGACAAAUUUUAUACCUUUAAAUGGGGAUAUCAACGUUCAACAACAACAUCAGCAGUUUGGCAACUGUACAAUGUUGCAUGUGCCACCUGUUUCACUACCUUUUCUGCCACUCAACUCCGUCGCAUUCCAGGAAAGUCAAGACCGACUUUUUGCGGUUCCACCUGCAUCGAAAACUCCAAAACUUCCACCGAUUAUUCCAAAUGUAAAUGUGGGACGAAUUGGAGUUUCACAGAUAGAGAGUGGUCCGCCUAAGAGUUUGCCAGAGCUUAAUGGAAGUCAUCAAGAUGAUGCGAAACCUAGUUGGUUUCCUGGUAUGGACAAUUUUUUGGGUGAUGGUUCAUAUACGCCAGGUUCAACAUGCGUUCCUCUUUUAUCAAAUGUAGCAGUUCCAACGGUACGAAAUCUUGACUCAGUUGCAUUUCAAGAGUUCGAACAGGACAGUGCUGGGGUCGUUCCACAAACAACGGAUGUGACCGGAGGCGCAGUGUUCUUGAGAAAGGAGACUGAGCACAAAGAUAUCUAAUUGUUUAUUUUUAAUAAAGAUAUUUCUUUGGAUUUUUGAAUAUACAUCCAAUUGACGAU